CCUGAAAAAUUGCCCCGCUGGAAAUUAUUUGUUGUUGCUUAGUUGCACUGAUAACUAUGGAGGGUACUGUGUCCAACUUGGAAGUGUGUAAUUUGGCUUACAGUGGAAAGUUUGACCAGUUGAAACAAUGCAUUCUGUCCGACAAAUCACUGGCCUCGAAAACAGACCAGGACCACCGAACGGCGCUGCACUGGGCCUGUUCCGCGGGACACCUGGACAUCGUGAGCUUCCUGCUCGACUGUGGAGUGGAAGUUAAUCUCAAAGAUGACGCAUGCUGGACCCCUUUACACAUCGCGUCCUCUGCUGGGAGAGAGGAGAUCGUGAGGGCUCUGAUCAACAAAGGAGCGCAGCUGAACCCUGUCAACCAGAAUGGCUGCACUCCGCUGCACUAUGCUGCCUCAAAGGACAGAUAUGAGAUUGCCCAGAUUUUGCUGGAAAAUGGAGCUGACCCCAACGCCACUGAUAAACUGGGAUCCACUCCCUUACACAGAGCCUCUGCAAAGGGUAACUACCGGCUCAUUCAGCUUCUCCUGAAUCAAUGCGCUUCCACCAACAUUCAGGAUUCAGAGGGAAACACAGCCUUACACCUGGCGUGUGAUGAGGAGCGAGUGGAGGCUGCCAAGCUACUGGUGGAGCACGGUGCCAGCAUCUACAUCGAGAAUAAAGAGGAUAAGACCCCCCUACAGGCUGCGAAAGGAGGUCUGGGAACACUGCUGAGAAGAAUUGUAGAAGGCUGAGCUGCAAAGAAUGCUGGGAGCUACAAAGCACUUCCGCUACUGCCACGACUGCAUUAGGAGGCUUUUCUAGGCCUGCUGUGAUGGUUAGUCAGUAUUUAGCUGGAGGCAAUGCUGAUAUGCUUAUAUUAAGAAGAAUGUUUCAGCCAUCUGAGUUGUUAAAAUGUUGGUCCUGUUUGAGAGAAGAAGCCAUGUGAAGUCAGUUCUAUGACAAGUGUAAAAAGACUAAGGAAUUGUAAAAGAUAUUCUCAAUGCUAUGUCUUAUUUCCUUCGAUUUAGUGUUUAUAUUGAUAAAAAUUCAAGACUGUUUGGUUGAUUAAGGUAUGAAGAGUCUCCUCGUAAAAUUUAAGCAUGUUUCUAAUAACAAUGUUUGUUCUGAGGUGUUGAAUUGUAUCCUCCAUGUUGUUUUUAUGCGUUUACCUUCCUAAAUUGUAUUUGCACUCUCAAAACGAACCCAUUUGUUGCUUGUAGGUUUCAUUAAUUUAUAAACCAUUGGCAGUAAAGGCUUGUGAACCUUUAGGAAUUCUCAAUCUCUUCAUGAAUGGCUUCUAAAAUGUCAUCUUCAUCCAAGUCAUUUGAUGAAGACGGUCUGAUUAAACUAAUUGCUUACACAAAACUGCACAUUGUCAUAUCUUCAUUGAGCAUAUUUUGUAAAUAUAAAAUAAAUAUUCAAGGGUUGAGGAUGUGAUACCUUGUAUUUAAUAAUGUGUGGGACCUCCUUUAGUAGCACUAACAUAAGUCAAAAGUUUUCUUUAGCUGUUGACCAGACUUGCACUGUCGUUACAAGGUAUUUCGGUCCAUUCCUCUUCACUAUUUGAGUUCGGUUACAUUUCUGGGAUGUUUUGACUAACCACAUUGUUUCAGAUCAUGUCACAGCAUUUCAAUAGGCCUGAGAUCAGGAUUCUCACUUGACCAUUUUGAAAUGCAGAAUUUAUUUUUAAGGCACACUUUUUGAUUUACUCCUUUUUAGGAUUGUUGUCUUGCUACAUGGCCCAACUGUUUGGAACGUCAGAUCGCACACGGAUGCUCUGAUGUCCUGUAGAAUUUCCUGAUACAAUUUUGAAUUCUUUGUUCCCUCAAUGACUGUAGCAAAGCAGCCCCAUGCAAUGAUGCUUCUUCCACCUUGUUUUACUGUUGGGAAUCAGGUUUUGAUGCUAGUGGUCUUGGUGCUGUACAAUUUUGCCAAGUCUUGUCUCAGUGCUCUGUGGUCUUUUUGGAGAGCAAAAGUUUCCUUCAUUGUUCCUUUCCCAAGCACCACUUUUGUUCAGUGUUGCUCUUGUAGACUCAUGGAUCCAAACAUUAUUGACACCAAGAGAUGUAUUCAGAUUCUUAGUUGUCACCUCCCUAAAUGAUCUCGCAGGAAUAUUAGUAGGACAUUCACUCGUUGGGAGAGUAAGCAGCAAUGCUGAACUUCUUCCUGUUUGUGCACUGUCUGCCUGACAACUGGUGGAGGCUGAGUGUUUUUGUAGCCAUUUCCAGCUUUAUGAGUUUCAGCACCUUUUUCUGAGCUCCUCUGAAAUGUAUUCAAUGGGCCCAUGAUGUGCUUCAGCAGAUCUUUGUUGCAAAGAGCACAUAACCACAUUUGUGAGAUUGUGUUUUUUUAAAGGCCGGUGCAUUUCAACCUACCUCCGAAUAUCCUCUUAUUGACUG